GUGUGGGACGACGGAGGCCCACCUCCAGCCAGCUGAGGUCAAUGGGCUUGAAGGAAGACUGAGGCAGAAGGGGGGUGGGCAACCGUCGGAGCUCAGAGGAGGAGGAGGAGGAAGAUCAGGAGGUGGGCAGAGAAGAAACCAAGUACACUACAGUGCAGAGAGCGUCUGAUCCGGUCACUUGCUCAAGCAUAGGCUCCCUGCUUCCCCGCCGAGCCCUCCCUUCCUCGGUGACGUCUCCCCAGUGCCGUGUUGCAGACCGCGAUGGCAUCAGCAAGCGAAGUUACCACCCUCCAUACGGGCCAGAAGAUGCCGCUCCUCGGGCUGGGCACCUGGAAGAGUGAAUCUGGGCAGGUGAAGGCGGCCAUUCAGUACGCCCUCAGCGUCGGCUACCGCCAUAUCGACUGCGCGGCCGCCUACGGCAACGAGGUGGAGAUCGGAGAGGCCUUGAAGGAGAGCGUCGGGCCCGACAAGCCCGUACGGAGGGAGGAGCUGUUCGUGACGUCCAAGCUGUGGAACACCAAGCACCAUCCCGAGGACGUAGAGCCGGCCCUCAGGAAGACCCUUGACGACCUGCAGCUGGACUACUUGGAUCUGUACCUGAUUCACUGGCCCCAUGCCUUCGAGCGGGGGGACAGCCCCUUCCCCAAGAACGCGGACGGGACGAUACGCUACGACUACACGGACUACAAGGAGACGUGGAAAGCCCUGGAGGCGCUGGUGGGGAAGGGGCUGGUCCGGGCCCUCGGGCUCUCCAACUUCAACAGCCGCCAGAUUGACGACAUUCUCAGCGUGGCCGCCGUCCGGCCCGCCGUGCUGCAGGUGGAGUGUCACCCUUACCUGGCUCAGAACGAGCUGAUCGCACACUGCCGAGAGCGAGGGCUGGCGGUGACGGCCUACAGCCCCCUGGGCUCUUCGGACCGCACCUGGCGCCUGCCGGAGGAACCCACCCUCCUGGAAGAUCCCACCGUCCUGGCGCUGGCCGGCAAAUACGGCAGGUCUCCGGCGCAGAUCCUGCUCAGAUGGCAGGUGCAGCGGAAAGUCAUCUGCAUCCCCAAGAGCGUCACGCCUUCUCGCAUCCUGGAGAACAUUCAGCUGUUUGAUUUCAGCCUGACCCCGGAGGAGAUGAAGCAGAUGGCGGCUCUGAACAAGAACUGGCGCUACAUCGUACCUAUGAUCACGGUGGACGGGAAGCGCAUCCCGAGGGACGCGGGCCACCCCUUCUACCCCUUCAAUGACCCUUACUGACACCUCCGCGGGUCUCCCUCUGCCCACCCUGCCGCCCGGGGACUGUCCCCCUCGGGCUCUGCCAGGGCAGACACAGCCAAUAAAACCGUUGGAUUUCGAGA